AUGGCUCCUCCGCCUCACGAAAGUAAUGAGGCGUUUGUCCAUCCGGCGGCAGGCCACGCUCGCAAGAAGAAAGUGAGCCCCUACGGCAUCGAGCCUAUCAAGAUAUUUUAUUGUUUCCUUGCUGCCAAUCUUGUUGCGGCGUGUUUCGCCCCCAUUCAAGACUGCGAUGAAACCUUCAACUAUUGGGAACCGGCCCAUUACCUCUCUCACGGAUAUGGUCUGCAAACUUGGGAAUACUCUCCCGAGUUUGCGAUCCGCAGCUGGCUCUAUGUUGGGCUCCACGCGAUUGUAGCCAACGUCCGACGGCUCCUUCCAGGAACCUCCAAGGUCGCCGAAUUCUAUUUUGUCCGAUAUUUCCUCGCCAUCGCAUGCGCUCUGGCCCAGACCCUGCUUUUCAGGGCCAUCAGCUUGACAUUAAACCCGCGCGUUGGCUUGUUCUAUGUGGUGGCCUUGAUUCUUAGCCCCGGCAACUUUCACGCCAGCACCGCCUUUCUACCUUCGAGCUUCGCCAUGAUUGCCGCCAUGGUUGGCACAGCGGCCUUUAUGAACUGGCGCGGCGGCAUCAAGACAUCGCUUGGGCUAACCUGGUUUGGGGUCGGCGCAAUCCUAGGCUGGCCCUUUGCCAUGGCCCUCGCUGCGCCAUUUGUCCUCGAGGAGGUGGUCAUCGCAGCCGUUGGCGAUGGGCAACGGAAAUUUGAAUCGGCGUUCCGUCUCUUCCGCGGUGGAGUUGCGUGUCUGCUGCUUGUUGUGGCCGAUACCCUCAUCAACACAUUCUUUUACAAAAAGAUGGAGAUUAUCCCCUGGAAUAUUGUGAAUUACAACAUUUUUUCCAAAUCUGGCGGACCAGAUCUGUACGGCACCGAGCCCUGGACGUUCUACUUCAAAAACCUGACGCUGAAUUUUAACUUGUGGUUCAUCCUAGCCCUCCUCGCGUUACCUCUGUUCAUUCUGCAAAGGCUGCUGAGCGACCGCAAACCUCACAAAGAAGAGCGGUUCAUGUACCCCGCGUACCCCUUCCUCGCUCUGAAUGCCGCCAUUUCCGUCCAUGUGCUCCUUAGCGUGAUCGGUACGCAGGAUCCCAAGUCGUUAGUGGCGAAGAUCCCCGCCAAACUCAGGCUCCUUGGCGUCAGCGCCGUUUUUCUGCUAGCCACGGGCCUCGGUCUUGCCCGUAUUUACGGUGUCGUCUCGGCCUAUUCUGCACCGAUGAAGCUCUAUGAGCCUUUGGGUGCAGGAGUGCGAGUGGUACCGGUUCCCGUCAUCGUACUUCCUCCCCGCGACAUGCACGCCAAGUUCGUCCGCUCUGAAUUCCGUGGUCUGUUGCCCGGUGAGUUUUCGGAGGCGAAGAUUGGAUUUGGUUUCUGGAGCGGGACGUGGCUCCCCACCAAUGGUCUCAAUGACCGAAACGAAGAAGAUCCCGGAAAAUACGUCGAUACUCGAGCCUGCCACUUCCUCGUCGACACGCAGUACCCGCUUCACGAGGGCGAGCUUCCGCCCAACGAGCCCGACUACGUGGUGGACAAGGAGAAUUGGGAAGUGGUCCAGUGCCUUCCGUUCCUGGACGCAAGCCGCACGCACCCUCUCGCCAGAAUGUUAUGGGUGCCAGACUCUUCGGCCGUGCCGGACAAGUUCCGACGGAAAUGGGCCAACCACUGUCUCUUGAGGCGUAAAUCGUAG